AUGCCAGGAUUCAGUUACAGGCAACCACUUGCUCGAAGAAACCCUCCAGCUGAGCCAAGCACAGAUGAUGAAGACAACUCGACUGUCGAAAACCAUGGAGAUGAUGGGAAGCCAAAAACAUUUGGCCGAGGAAUCAUCGCUGAUUUCAAGCGCACCAUUGGAACCCAUUGGGUGCAGGAAAUGACCAAUUUCAACACCAAGACAGUUGCUGUCUCUUUCUUCUUGUUCAUUGCUGUAAUUGCUCCAACUAUCACAUUCGGAGCAGUGUACGCAAAAGCCACAAACAACUAUAUUGGUGCGGUGGAGCUUCUUUUGGCCACCGCAUGGUGUGGGAUCUUCUACUCUUUGGUUUCUGGACAACCGAUGAUGAUCAAUGGUGGUACUGGACCCGUCUUGACCUUUCAAGCCGUUUGUUACGAUCUUGCUAAACAGCUUGACGUUCCUUUCCUUACAUUCAAUGCAUGGAUUGGUAUCUGGGUUUGCCUGUACCAAGUUAUUGCAGCAUUCUUUGACUUCAACAGACUUAUCAAAAAGGCUACUCGAUUCACAGAUGAGACGUUUGCAUUGCUCAUUGUAUCUAUUUUCUUGUUGGGAGCAAUCGGAAAUCCUUCCUCCAAGGUCGGCCUUUUCCACUACUUUGGAACUGAUCACCCUCAUCACGAAGAUAUGCUCGAAGAAGAUGCCCAAUACGAUUACAUGACUGUUGCUCUUCUCAGUCUCAUUUUGGGUCUUGGUACUGCCUUCUUUGCCAUUGGACUUCGUCAAAUUCGCAGCUCUGCCUUCUGCUGCAGCGACUACGCCCGAACUGUCAUUACUGACUUCGCCAUUACCAUUUCGGUGGUUGUAAUGACCGCCUUGAGACACACUGUCUUUGAGGAUGUUAAAAUUGAAGAGCUCAAUGUUCCAGAUACUUUCGCCACUUCUUUUUCAUGCUGCACUGAAGAUUGCCGAGACUACUGGCCAACUGACUGUCCUGAUCAAGCUGAACCAUGGGGUCGCCGACCAUGGAUUGUUGAUUUGUUCGACCUUAACGGAAACACCGAGGUCAUCUUCAUCGCCGCCGCACUUGGCAUCCCAGCUUUCAUCUUGACUUUCUUGGAUAACGGUAUCACUUGGCACAUCGUCAACCACCCAAGCAAUAGACUUGCCCACGGAGACGCCUACAACUAUGAUACAGUGAUUUCUGCCAUCAUGGUCUUGGUUAACUCCUUGAUGGGCUUGCCCUGGUUGGUCGCUUCUACUGUCCCAUGUAUCAUGCACAUCACGGCCAUGCAAGAGAAGGAUGACAAGGGCGAAGUCAAAUUUAUCCAGGAAUCUCGUUUGACUGGAUUAUUUACCCACGGUUUGGUGUUGGCCUGUAUCUUUGCUCUCUCCGUCAUUAAAUUGAUCCCUUUGCCCGUUCUAUACGGUGUCUUCUUGUUCAUGGGAUUGGUUGCUUUGCCAGGCCAACAAUUCUACCAACGAUUCGUGCUUCUUUUCCAACAACCAAGCAAGAUCACCAAGAACCACUACACCACGCACGUUCCCAUGAACCGCAUUCACAAGUACACCAUGUUCCAAUUCCUCUUCUUCGGUAUCGUCUGUGUUGUCCGAGAAAUCAAGUCCAUCUCGAUUGCCUUCCCAGUCAUGGUUUUGUUGUGUAUUCCAGCACGCUUGUACUUGCACCCCAGAUUGUUCUCAAAGGACGAACUGACUCUAUUGGAUGGAUCUCCCGAAGAGAUUGAAAAGUGGUUGCUAAAGAAUGACCCAGAAGGAGAGGCAAUGGACACGCCAAGCAAAAGUGCACAGGUGGAACAUAUUGCUCAAAAUGGACUCAAGAUUCCCGACUACUCUGUCAAUGAAGAAGUCCAAGACGCGUAA